ACCGCGCCCGCAUGCGUACACGAUCCAACGAUCGCGACUGUGAAACUGUGCUAAAUGGAACUGACUGGCGUUCAAUGUUAAAGCAAAGAUACGAGGAACAAGAAGUGAAUAUGGCGAUACAGAGUGUCUCUAGAUAUCCCAGCAGCCCGGUGGAGGCGACCGAGCCCCCCAAAGCCUCCAGAAUCAGCUUCAGCGUAGCAUCUAUUCUGGCGGACACAAAAACCAACCAAGUCGAUGAGACGGAAAUGAUCCGGCACCACAGAACGAUACCAGAAUCACCUUUACGACAGUCGCCUGGGGCACAACCGGAGCUUCCGGGAGCAAAAUCUGUGUCUCCACGGCCAUCAUCACAAACGCUACCCUUGAAUUUGAAUGUGUCUGCGCCUUUGACAUCGUCGGACGAAGAAUACGAGGAUUCUGUUAAUCAGGAAGACUCGAUAGUAGAUGUAGAAGACAUACAGAAUGGGCACAGCGAUGAUGAAGAUAGAUCAACGCCGUAUGAUAAGGAGAGAUUAGGGCCGAUUCGACCGACGCCGUUCAGCGCAUUGGCGGCGGCGGCGGCGGCCUAUCACGGGCUGCAAUGGGCUGGUCCCUCUCCCGUGGUACCGUCUUUUGGACCACUCUUCCAGUCACAUUAUGGAGGACACUUAACAGACCACAAUGGCGAGCCUCCGAAACUGAAAUGCAACCUACGCAAACACAAGCCGAAUCGCAAACCACGCACGCCGUUCACUGCGCAGCAACUACGCGCUUUAGAAAGCAAAUUUGUCGACAAACAGUACUUGAGCAUCGCUGAAAGGGCUGAAUUCUCUUCGUCACUUGGACUAUCUGAGACUCAGGUAAAAAUCUGGUUUCAAAAUCGGCGAGCAAAGGCGAAACGCGUACAAGAGGCGGAAAUCGAGAAACUCAAGAUGGCACAGUUCUCCCGACACCCACACCACAUGUACCCCCAUCCGCUACAGCAGUACUUUCCCCACCAUUUAAUGGGGCGGCCGUUGCCCCCCAUGAUGACCCAUUUGUCGAUGCCACCCCAGGGAUCACCAUCACCGAGCACGCAGACAAGUCAACAGUGAAUUGAAGAUAACAUUCUUCUUUUAAGAUUAACCUUGUUGCAUUUGAAAGGAAUUUGCGUGAUUAGUUUGCUACUCAUUGAUCGACACUUUCUUCUAAAGUCGGUAAAUGUGGUAUUUGUUUUCAGUCAUGUGAAA